UUCCAGAAACCAAAGCCAAAGAUCUCUGCAUCUCGCAGACUGUUCUUGAAGACCAAGCUGCUAAAGAAGGCCAUGACUCUGCUGGAAAAUGAUAUACAAAUGAAAAAAGAGGAACGAGAGAGAGUCCUCUCUGAGAGAGUCCCACAACUGCAGCUGUCUGGCCUGUCUGUGCAGGAUCUACAGAAUUUUUGUAAAGAGCUGCACCAGAAGAUCGAUGUGGUCGAUGAAGAGCGCUACGACAUUGAUUCUAAAGUGUCGAAAUGUACUAUUGAGAUACGGGACCUGUCUCAGAAGAUCUUUGAGUUGAAGGGCAAGAUGAAGAGGCCGGCCCUGAGGAGGGUGAGGGUGUCAGCUGACGCCAUGCUGGGGGCUCUGCUGGGCUCUAAAGUCAAAGAGUCUGUGGACUUCAAGGCCAACCUGAAGACUGUGAAGAAAGAGGAGGAGAAGAAAGAGGAAGUGACUGACUGGCGCAAGAACGUGGAUGCAAUGUCCGGUAUGGAGGGCAGGAAGAAGCUGUUCAAUGCCGGGCAGUAGAUUUUGUGGUGAAUUUCUUUAUAAAGAUGUUUGCUGCUCUUAAAGAGAAGGAGCCCCGUGACUAUUGUUUACUUUAUAAUGACAGUGAAUUACGUAAAGAUCAGAUUGACAAGUAGGCACAGGUCAUGUUUCAAGUGUUUCUGGAAAUGACAAUAGGGAUGUGUUUAAUUUUACGUUAAUUCAUAUAAUACAUAACGUUUUUUACAUAAUGUAUGAUGUAUUAUGAAAAACAUGUAUGUAUUACAGCAUGGUUUUAGCAUUCAUGAAGUUAAUGAACACACAGCAUCACUUUUGGCUGUUCAGUUCUCUGUUAUAUUCAACAAUAAACAGGCCUAGAUUGUCAUGAAUGUAGGGGUAGGUAAUGUUUUGGUUCAACUUUUCAUGAAGUUAGAUAAAGAAAGCAUCAUGGAAAAUGAAUAUGGCAUUAAGCUAAGACAUGUUGAAGAGAAGAAGUGUGAAUUGUAUAUCAAGUAAUAAAAUGUAAAUGACAUUG